GCUCGCGCGCAUUCUCUCACGGACUUUGGCGGAGGGAGCACGGAGCGUGCGCGCGCGGGACAGAGAGAGAGAGAGAGAGGAGGUUGAAAGUGUUUUGUUUUGUUUGUUUGUUUCCUCCCGUGUUUGUUUUUUUUUGUGCGUGUACGUGUGCGCGUGUCUUGCCGUUACCCGGACAUGUCGUUCCCGCAGCUGGGUUACCCGCAGUACCUGUACGGCGUCGGGGCGGCGGCUGACCGGCAGCUCCUCGCGCCCUCGGCGGUGUCCCCCGCAUCCCCGCCAUCCGCCGCGUCCUCGCGCGCCGCCAGCUGCGACGUGGCCGGGAGCGCGUGCGCCGUCACCUCGCUGCUCGCGGCCGGAGCCGGUGGUGCCGGUGGCGUGUACGCGCACCCGUACGGCUAUGGCGCGUUCCUGCCGUACACCAGCGCCGCCGAACUCGCGCUCUUCUCCCAGAUGGGUUCACAAUAUGAUCUAAAGGACAGCCCUGGUGUAAGUUUUGCUGCUCACGCCUCACCCGCAGCAUUCUACCCCUACGCCGGGUUCCAGUACGGAGAUGCGUCGAGGCCCAAGAACGCCACUCGUGAGAGCACCAGCACGCUGAAGGCCUGGCUGAACGAGCACCGGAAGAACCCGUACCCAACCAAGGGCGAGAAGAUCAUGCUGGCCAUCAUCACCAAGAUGACACUCACACAGGUGUCCACGUGGUUCGCCAAUGCCAGGCGGAGACUUAAGAAGGAGAACAAAGUGACGUGGGGGGCGCGCGCCAAAGAGGACGGCGAGGAUGGCGGCAUCUUCGGAAGCGACAACGAAGACAAGCGCGAGGAUGAGGAGGAGAUCGACCUGGAAAGCAUCGACAUUGAUAAGAUCGACGAAAACGACGGGGAUCGCAGCAACGCUGAGGAGGAAGAGGAGGACGAUGAGGAAGAUGACGAUGAGGAUAAACGAGCACGUAAACUCCUGAAGGAGCGAGACAGCAUGCACGCCAGCACUAAUGGUAACGCUAGCAAAAACAUGACCGUCAUGACAUCACCGAGCCACCAGCUUCCGGUCAGCAGCAAACCCAAGAUCUGGUCGCUAGCAGAGACGGCAACGAGUCCGGACGUGUCCAAAAGCACGGGUGUCCAGCACCCGGCCUUCCUCAGCAACCACAGACUGUACACCUGCCCCAUCGGCAAGAUCCACAGCUGGAACAACAGCGCCUUCCUCAGUCACAACUCGCUGCUCAACGUCCGCUCGUUGGUGGGAGUAAACCAGAACCAUCAUCAUCAUCAUCAUCAUCAACAUCAAACACAACAACAACAACAACAGCAGCAUCAGCAUCAUCAGGGUGUCAUGGAGAAGGACAAAGACGCAGAGCAGCUCAGCCCCAAACACACAGAGCGUGGAGUCGAGUCGCCCACACAGACCAUCACAAAGUCCUCAUUUAGACCGCUUCACGACGGUCCCAGGAAUCCUCAUCGAGUCCUCACGGCCUGAUUGCUACACAAAAAGACUCUAAAAUAUGAAAAUAUUAAAUAAAUAUGUAUGGAUAUUUGGAGUUUUGUAAAUAUAAUAUUAAUAUUAAUAAUAUUAAUAAUAUUAAUAACAGCGCUUAAAUUUAUCCCGGGAUAAUGGGUAGGUUUGAAUUCCUUUCUCUGUGUUGGUGCUUUUAUUCAUUUUCAUAUUUUUUUUUUCUUGUUUCUGUUUUUUUUUUUGUUUU